ACGUCAACGAGCCAGUGAACAUUAAGCGGAGCAGACCAAAAUCCCAAACAAGGAAAUGGUGGGGGAAUAAACCGACCAGAUUAUUUAAUUAAUGCAUGUAAUAAUUAAUAUUUUAUUUUAUUGUAAAUUACGACGUAUUUAUGGGUUAGAAUGGAUUACGACUUCAAAACAAAGCUGGCUGCCGAGAGAGAGAGAGUAGAAGAUCUGUUCGAAUAUGAAGGUUGCAAAGUGGGUCGAGGCACCUACGGGCACGUUUAUAAAGCUAAACGCAAAGACGGGAUAGAUGAGAAGGAAUAUGCACUGAAACAAAUAGAAGGCACUGGAAUUUCAAUGUCUGCGUGCAGGGAAAUUGCGCUGUUACGAGAAUUGAAACAUCCCAACGUGAUUGCCCUGCAGAAAGUGUUCCUCUCCCACAGUGACAGAAAGGUUUCGCUCCUGUUAGACUAUGCUGAACAUGACCUCUGGCAUAUUAUCAAGUUCCACCGUGCCUCCAAGGCCAACAAAAAGCCCAUGCAGCUGCCCCGAGGGAUGGUGAAGUCGCUGCUGUAUCAGAUUCUGGAUGGGAUCCAUUACCUCCACGCCAACUGGGUCCUCCACAGGGAUCUGAAACCAGCUAACAUCUUGGUCAUGGGAGAAGGACCCGAACGAGGAAGAGUUAAAAUCGCCGACAUGGGUUUCGCAAGACUCUUCAACUCUCCCCUCAAGCCACUGGCUGACCUCGAUCCUGUGGUGGUGACGUUCUGGUACAGGGCCCCCGAGCUCCUGUUGGGGGCCCGCCACUACACUAAAGCUAUUGAUAUCUGGGCCAUCGGCUGCAUCUUCGCGGAGCUGCUAACGUCAGAGCCCAUUUUUCAUUGUCGCCAGGAAGACAUCAAGACCAGCAACCCCUUUCAUCAUGACCAGCUGGACAGGAUAUUCAGCGUCAUGGGUUACCCGGCAGAUAAAGACUGGGAAGACAUCCGGAAGAUGCCAGAAUAUCCAACGCUUCAGAAAGACUUCAGAAGAACAACCUAUGCAAACAGCAGCCUGAUCAAAUACAUGGAGAAACACAAAGUCAAACCAGAUAGCAAAGUUUUCUUGUUGCUCCAGAAGCUUCUCACCAUGGACCCCACCAAAAGAAUCACAUCGGAGCAAGCGCUGCAGGAUCCCUACUUCCUGGAGGACCCGUUACCGACCACUGAUGUGUUUGCCGGUUGCCAGAUCCCGUACCCAAAAAGAGAAUUUCUCAACGAAGACGAGCCAGAGGAGAAAGCAGAAAAGCGCUUGCCUUGUGUGCUCGCUCGCAGAACCAGACACAACAGCACCAGCAGACAACAGGCCAGACUCAGGCGCAGAACCAGCAGCAAACGGCAGCCCAGCAGGCCCCAUCUCAGCAGAACUCAACCCAAACCAACGGCACCUCCGCAGCCACGGGAGCCAACGCCGGCGGGGGUUUACAACACGGACAGGACCAGGGCCCCGCCAAUAAAAAACCCCGCAUCGGACCCUCGGGCACCUCUUCGGGCACCGGGGUGCUCCAGUCAGAGUACCAGCACUCCAGCUCCCGCCUUGGUUACCAAAGCAACGUCCAAGGCCCCAAUCAGCCGCAGGCCGCCAUGGGGUACACGUCGUCAUCCCAACAGAGCUCCCAGUAUUCCCACCAGACCCAUCGUUACUGAGACUCCGGGUCACUCCUUGAACCAGCAGAGGGGUGGACGACCUCCUCCACAGAUGUCACCAUUGGACGCUAGCAGGAAGCGGCUCCUUCGCCCCGGGUUUCUCACUGCAUGACAUCAUUCCAGCGUUUUGACGCAUAGUCACAUGAAGGCAAACCCACAGGAAACAAAAACUAAAGCAAAUACUGUCUCUGAUGACACAUUUUGGUCACCUUCUAUAUACAUCUAUCUCUCUAUAUCUCUAUAUAAAAAUAUAGAGAUAUAGACAGAGAUAUAUGAAGGUGACACACAUACUCCAAACGUAUGGCACUUACGAACACACCGUUCCUCACGAGGAAAGGAUUGCAGCUCCUAUAUCGCACCUUUUUCUAUUUGAUUUGUUACUUUUCAAGCUUGAUGUCAGUGUAAAUAUUACAUCUGGAGGUGGACAGGACGAAGGACGGAGGGUCCUUGAGUGGCAUCUAAAUCCUUGGAUAAUCAAAUGCAAACUUGCUCAAAACAAAAACAAACAUUUAUUAUACAGACAAUAUCGAAUGCGCAAUUUAACUUGACGGCAUUCUCAUGAGGUUCCUGUAUUCAGAGCUCGAAUGUGCAGAAGCAAAGUCUUUUUACUGAAAGUCAUGUACAUUCAUCUGAGCCACUGUCUUCAGUAACCAGUAACUGUUGGGCCACAAAGCGGAGGAUCUUUGGGGCUGGGGGGGGGGGGUUGUUUUUGGACUGCCAGGGGGACAUUUUUGCAUUCCGCCACAAACUGGAACGUGCGCAUAAACAUACAGGGCAGCUAACGGUAAGCGCCUCCCCCCCCCUCAGACCCCACCUUGUGCGCUUCAUGAGACUGUUACUGACUGAUGUCAAUUUGUUUUGUAUUGUUGUUAUUGCCGUGUGCGGGCAGGCGGGUGGCUGUUGGAUGCAUGUUUUACCUUUGACUCGCUAGAAAUGCACUGACUGUCGAAGCGAUCUUUAAAAGAGCUGAAACAAACGCUUGUGGCCCCAGAUGACCCUUCCCUGCUCCUCAGGCUGAGCACGCCGCGCAGGUUUGAUCAGGACUACCUGUAUGUCACGUUUUUUUUUUUUUUUAAAGUGGGUGUGUUCUUUAAUGCAACAGAAUGAGUUGACAGCCAA